CUGACUCUGCGACCGCCAUUUUGUGGCUGCCCAGGGUCCGCCCGCCGCUGUCUGCGCAGGCGCGGCUUUGGCGUCGCGAGAUUCCGGCUUCCACCUGCUGUGACGCUCCCGGGAGGCGGCGACGCGUGCGCGGCCGGCCGCCAUUGGGCUGGCCUUGGCGGAAGGCGGGGUCGGCUCCGCCCGCACUUCUCGGCCUUUCUUAACUGCGGCAGAUGGGAGGGGGCCAGAAGAGCCGGGGAGAGUGUGCGACUGCGCAGUUCGAGAGGUGGCAGUGGGCGUUGCGGUUGCUGCGGUCUGGGCCCAGGGAAGGAUCGUGUUGACAGCCGAGUUUUAAUUUUGUCUGCAAGGGACCUGGCCUAAAAAGAGGCACUCUUGGCAAUCUUGUUUAUAACAUCAGCUGGAAGUACUAGCCGGACGUCAUGAGCGGCUGUCGAGUAUUCAUCGGGAGGCUAAAUCCAGCGGCCAGGGAGAAAGACGUGGAAAGAUUCUUCAAGGGGUAUGGACGAAUAAAAGAUAUUGAUCUGAAAAGAGGCUUUGGUUUUGUGGAAUUUGAGGAUCCAAGGGAUGCAGAUGAUGCUGUAUAUGAACUUGAUGGAAAAGAACUCUGCAGCGAAAGGGUUACGAUUGAGCAUGCUAGGGCUCGUUCCCGAGGUGGAAGGGGUAGAGGACGCUACUCUGACCGUUUUAGUAGUCGCAGACCUCGAAAUGAUAGACGAAAUGCUCCACCUGUAAGGACAGAAAAUCGACUUAUAGUUGAGAAUUUAUCUUCAAGAGUCAGCUGGCAGGAUCUCAAAGAUUUCAUGAGACAAGCUGGGGAAGUAACCUUUGCAGAUGCACAUCGACCUAAAUUAAAUGAAGGAGUGGUUGAGUUUGCCUCUUAUGGUGACUUAAAGAAUGCUAUUGAGAAACUUUCUGGAAAGGAAAUAAAUGGGAGAAAAAUAAAAUUAAUUGAAGGCAGCAAAAGACACAGUAGGUCAAGAAGCAGAUCCCGUUCCCGGACCAGGAGUUCCUCUAGGUCUCGUAGCCGAUCUCGUUCUCGUAGCCGCAAGUCUUACAGCCGGUCAAGGAGCAGGAGCCGGAGCCGGAGCAAGUCCCGUUCUGUUAGUAGGUCACCUGUGCCUGAGAAGAGCCAAAAACGUGGUUCUUCAAGUAGAUCUAAGUCUCCAUCUGUGGAUCGCCAGAGGUCCAGGUCCCGGUCCCGGUCAAGGUCCAGAUCAGUUGACAGUGGCAAUUAAACUGUAAAUAACUUGCCCUGGGGGCCUUUUAAAAAAAAAAACACACACAAAUUCGCAAACCAUACUUGCUAAAAAUUCUGGUAAGUAUGUGCUUUUCUGUGGGGGUGGGAUUUGGAGGGAGGUUGGGUUGGGCUGGAUAUCUUUGUAGAUGUGGACCACCAAGGGGUUGUUGAAAACUAAUUGUAUUAAAUGUCUUUUGAUAAGCCUUCUGCUCACAUUUUUGUGAAUGUCUGAAGUAUAUAGUUUGUGUAUAUUGACAGAGCUCUUUUAUAACUAAAGCAAAUAUAAUUUUUUUGUACUAGAAAAAAUUUGAAUAUUUUACUUUUUCGUUAUUCAAAUAUGUUAAUUCAGAAUUAGUUUAAUGCCUCAAAUAAUGGCUUUGGACACAUAAAAGAGCUCUAAAUUUGCUUGUAUAUAAAGGCUUAAUUUGAGUUUUCCUUGUUGGGGUCAAGGGUGUCCUCCUACCCACCCUUUAACAGCUGCAGGACAAAGACAUCAUAUUAAAGUAGCUGUUUGUUAUUGAUAAUAAAAUAUUAUAAAACUG